UGGAAUAGUCAGUGGGAAAACCAUCGCUUUGGAGCUACAGUUUAAAUGUAUUUAUACUAUAUUAAAAUUUCAAAACACAUAUUUAUUUUAUCUAUUAAAGGUGUGCUAAUGCCAAUGCCAGCUGGAGUAAUAAGAAAGCCGCAUCCUUAUGACGAAAUUUACAUUCCCGAAAGUGAAGAAAGUGAAGUUAUGCCAAUGCCAGAAGGUGUUAGAAGAAAGCGGCACUCCUAUGACGAAGUGGACAUUCCUGACAAUGAAGGUGUGCUAAUGCCAAUGCCAGCUGGAGUAAUAAGAAAGCCGCAUCCUUAUGACGAAAUUUACAUUCCCGAAAGUGAAGAAAGUGAAGUUAUGCCAAUGCCAGAAGGUGUUAGAAGAAAGCGGCACUCCUAUGACGAAGUGGCCAUUCCUGACAAUAAAGGUGUGCUAAUGCCAAUGCCAGCUGGUGCAAUAAGAAAGCCGCGUCCUUAUGACGAAAUUUAUAUUCCCGAAAGUGAAGAAAGUGAAGUUUUGCCAAUGCCAGAAGGUGUUAGAAGAAAGCGGCACUCCAAUGACGAAGUGGACAUUCCUGACAAUGAAGACACGUCAAUUCCGGAUGAACUUCAGUUCGAUCCAAGAACCAGAGAACACUAUGAAAAGGCUAUCAAGGAAGGAAGAGAAAAAGACUCGACAUUAAGAGUAAUGGUGAUUGGUUGUUUUGGACAGGGUAAAACAACACUGACUGAGCGUCUUAGAGGGCAAACAUUAGACAUGAUUGAAACUACUGAUGGAAUAGAGGGAAUAGAUGUAGAUACCUGUACAGUACAUGAAGACUCAAAAUUGAAACGAGGCUCAAAAGAUUACCACGAGUCAGAUUAUCUCAAACGUAUUGCAGUUAUCGCAAACAACACUCAAAAUUAUACUGAAACAGCAGUACCGAAGGAAGAUCAUCUGAGAUCUGAAAGUAAAAACACAGCUUAUCCCAAGGACCUUAGUAAACCACAAGCAUUUUCUGAGAUCGGAGAUAAUAAAGAAAUCACAGAUAUUAGGAGAAAGAGCAGAAAAUAUCAAAGUUUUUAAAUCAGAGUUACUGAAAUGACAGUCACUAAAACAAAACACAGAUGAUAAAUGUUAUAAACUAAAUAUCUGGGGUUUUGGAGGGCAGUUUGUCUAUUACGCAACGCAUCAAAUAUUUCAUUCAAGAGAUGCCGUUUAUCGUUUGGUCUUCAACCUGACAGAAACUUUGGAUUCGAAGAUAGCGGAUGAUUAUUUGACAAAGAAGCAUCGGACAAAAACUCAGAGGGAAUAUAUCAAAUUUUGGAUUAAUUCGGUGCAUUCAUUUGUUGGGAGCGAGGACGGUUACGAACCCGCAAUAAUAUUGGUCGGAACACACAAAGAUAAGGUAGACGAUGACUCAUAUGUGGAAAACUGUUUUAAAGAGAUAAGGACAUUAUUUGAUGGUAGAGCUUGCCUUCAUCACAUUCGGUCGAAACAUUUUGCGAUAUCUUGUUUAUACAGCAAAGAUUACGAAAUGCUAUAGUUGAUGCUUGUAAAAAGCCGUUAAGAAAGUACUUACCCGCAAAGUGGAUACCCUUGGGAAUGCCCUGAAAGCAGCACAGCACAGAAAGAUUAUUACUUGGAAUGAACUAGAAGAAAUCAACUGCAAAAUUGAGUAUCCUGUCAAGGCAUCGAUCAAAUAAAACUUUUUCUGGAAUAUCAUCAUGCGAAAGGAUCCAUAUGCUAUUUCUGAUGAAGAAAUAAUCCAAAAUGUCGUGGUGUUAGAUCCACAAUAUUUGAUUGAUGCCUUCAAAUGUAUAGUAACAUCCGAAAAACAUUUCCGAGUUCAAUCGUCAGUAAGACAACAUUGGAUUACACUCUGUAAGACAGGAUUACUUUCAGCUAAACUUUUAGAGGAAGUUUGGAGUAAAAAAAAAGACUCAAACUUCUGGAAUUUCAGAUUCGAGCUGCUUGAAUUUCUGAAAAGGCUUCGUAUCAUUUCAGAGGUUCAGAAAUACGACAGGCAGAGUAAUCAUGAACAUGAAACACUGGGAGAAUACAUUGUGCCUAGUUUAUUAGAAAUAGGUAUAGGUAUGAAAGUACUGGACGAAUUUUUGAGCGGUAAAAAUGCAACAAGCGUAAUUUUAGGAUAUCUACUGGAACGUGAAGCCGUCUUACCAGCAGUGUUUCAGAAAGCUGUUUCCGCUAUGAUUGGUAGAUGGCCACUUGUCAAGUUUAAAGGACAAUACAUGCUGUAUGAAAACACGGUUGCUUGUGAAUUUGAAAACCAUGCUGGUAUUCUGAUGUUGGCGCGAAAUAGACUUGAAUUGCUUGUCGUUAAUCUUUGUCCACCGGAUGUUGUCAGCGCAGAGGCUAGUGACACAUUCAGAAGGUUUAUUGAAUUUGUAAUAAAUCAUCAAGUACUUGUA